CUGUACUUACAAACUCAAUUUUGACCGUUAUUUUGGUGUUCGCCACAGCCGAUAAAGCAAUCCAUAUAUAUUAUAAUUCUCUUUGAAGCAAUCAAAACCAAACGAGAAUUAGCCAGCUACGCGGGACGGCAGUUAUCGUGUUUGAAUGUAAAUUUAUUUACAUUCAACGUACGGGUCUGCCGUUGAUUGAUUUGUGGUGCUAAAGUAUUUCAUUAAGUUUCCAAUAAUGGAGAUCCAGGUCAGAAGGCACAGACCGAUUCAAGAUUCAGAAAAUUUGUACGUAAUAAAGGGGAAAGGUAAUGUUAAUUUACCUACCAAGCGUCAAGGUUUGACUGUACGUGGGGCAUUAGGCGAUUUGACGAACGCUAAUGCCCUAGCCCAGCGUGAAGUCGUUGGUAAAGUUGCAGUCGCAGCUGCAGAAUACGAAAAGAAGACCAGCCAGAGCCGAAGUGUCGUUCGUAGCAACUACAGUCAUGUCCAGUCGAAAAUUGACACAGGGUUGGCUAGCAAGCCUACCAUUCAGCCAACUUCAAGGCCGCCACUGAGACGUGAAGAGAGCACAGCAGGACUUGCGGCAAGGGCAGUGGCCAGGACUAGACUUGCUGCUGAACAUAUUAAUAACACAGAGACUAGAGUUAUGGCUGCACUAAAAGAGAGCCAAAAUAAGCAAAGUGAACUCAAAGAGACUGUUAAUAUUUGUAUACAAGCUAAAAAAUGCCAAGAUACAAAGAAGUCGAAGUUGCCCACAGUGAAAGAGCACAAAGAGACCAAAUCGCAAAAGCCAGUUGUCAAAGACCCAGUAGAAUCUCUGGGAAAAUUGAAAUUGGUAGAAACUAAAUCAGAACAAAAUACAGUUAUCAACCAAUCUGAAUUCACAAAUAAACAAGCAACUGUCCAAGAGUCUUUGGGUCAUGAUAUAUCGGAACCUUACUUACCAGAUGACAUUGAAGACAUUGAUGCCAGAGACAACAACAGUCCACUGCUUAUGUCCAUUUAUAUUAAGGAAAUCUAUAAAUAUUUGACCGAGUUGGAGGAGAAAUAUCCCAUUGAAGAAGACCAUUUAAGGAAACAGACUGUGAUCACUGGCAAGAUGAGAGCGACUCUUAUUGACUGGCUUGUGGAGGUUCAACGUCAAUUCUCUUUAGUUCUUGAAACAUUCCAUCUCACUGUUGGUAUUAUUGAUCGGUAUUUGCAGGUGGUGCCGAACGUCCAGCGCAACCAGCUUCAACUGGUCGGCGUUACAGCGAUGUUUAUAGCGAGCAAGUACGAGGAGAUCUAUGCGCCGGACGUCGGUGACUUUGUAUAUGUGACUGACAACGCGUACACCAAAUCGGAUGUUUUCCACUGCGAACGCGACAUCAUGUCCAAGUUGGGUUUCUGUCUCGCGCGACCAAUUCCCCUUAGUUUCCUCAGAAGGUUUGUCAAGGCUGCCCACGGAACAUCAAAGAAUCAUCACUUAGCGAAAUAUUUCGUAGAUCUGUGCCUGGUAGAAUAUUCCAUGGCGCACUACAGACCUUCGGAACUUGCAGCAGCAGCCAUCUGCCUCUCUCUUCACUUACUGUCUAACAAACGGCUUGAGGAUGUCUGGACACCCACUCUGUUUUAUUAUUCAGGCUAUUCUCUAGAACACAUUGAUCCUAUUAUCAGGAAAUUAGCAAAGAUUGUAAUUAAUGUUGAGAAUUCAAAAUACAAAGCUGUUUAUAACAAAUACCAGGAUGUGACACUGGCAAAGGUCUCGAGUUUGCCUCAGUUGAAAGGUGAAAGUAUCUACGAGUUAGCUAAAAUAUCUUCAAACUAUUAAGUAUUGGUAUGUCAUAUUGAUGGAUCUUGUUAAGCUGUGCUAAGUGAUAUAAUAUUGUGUUUGCUAAGGUUUGUAGUUUUACAAUGAUAUGGACUGAGAUUUGUAUAAGGUUUGUUUUAGGUACCUGGCUUUGUUUCUUUAGUAUUAAUUUAGAAAUAGUUUAAUUUUAGACAUUACUUUGUGUGACAGUUUUUCCAUUUAUAAUUCCACAUAAUUUAUAUUAUUUGUACUGUUUUAACUCAUUAAUUUAACUCGAGACAUUAUUACCGUUUUUUUAUGAUCUUAUAAUUUGUGACUAUGAUGUUAUGUUAUUUAUUUAUGUAUAUUUAUCAAAUAUUAUUUAUGAGGUUUCGAAAACCCCGUUCAUUUUCUUAAUUGUACUCAAUGACAACAAAUUAUGACUGGAAUAAAAAUUAUUCUAAAAAUGUUUUAUAGGAACAUUAUCAUUUUGACGCACAUCGGUAUUUUUAAUAAUACAGUAGUUGGUAUGUAUAAAACUGACGGUUCAUAAUUAUUUUCUAAGCUAUAUUGUGCAUAAAUUAUUAUUAAGUUGCGGUGAAUGCAGAAUACGUAUAUUCGCUGCAGUUACUGCAUAGUUUAUUUUAAAAUUUGGGGUAUAUUUUGUAUGGUAUGCGCAAAACGUGAAUCAUUGUGUUUGUGCGAUAUUUCGUUCCAGUGCAUUUUGUGGCGCACAAUAAGAAACCCCGGUGUGCUUUGUACCAGCUAUGAAAAUGACUUGUGGCAUAGCGAUCUUCGUGUUGGGACCAUUUGCGUGAACCCUCGACUGUUCACUAUAGUUUAGAACCAAAUAAAUAACAAGUUUGUAUUAUAUUUCUAAGACAAAUUGUAAAUUUAGAUAACUACCUACUUAAUAAACUGUUUUUAUUGUGAUUAAAUUGUAACGUCGACUUUGUUGUAUAAAUAAUAUUGUAUGUUUAUAAUAUAU